GCCGCCGGCGGCGGGGGCGGGCGCUGCCGCGCCGGUGGGGCUGGGGCACGGCGCAGAGCCGCGGCCGAGGCAGCGGCGGGAUGGGGUUGGCUUCCUGAAGCGGCGGGGGGCGGGCGGGAGGGGGCUGGUUCUGCAUUUCGGUCCCUCUCCUCCUCCCUCCUGCCCCUCUCUCCUAAGUUCGCGCUGUGCCGCGGCCCCUCCGGAGCGGCUGCCUGCCCCUGCCCCGCUCCCGGCGCUGCCCGCGGCGGGGCGGGCGGGGACAGCGGGGAGCCAAGGCGACCCAAGGAGCGGCCCGCCGCCUUCGGGGAGGCUGUGCUCCGGGCAGCAGCGGGGGGGAGGCGGCUGGCACAGGCGCUGGGCUCUCGUCGCCCGCCCCCCGGCAACGCCGCCGUCUGCCCAGCGCUGGCAGCCCCGGGAGAUGGUGACACAUGAAGCGUGCGGGAAGGACCAUGGUUGAGAGGACCAGCAAGUUCUUGCUGAUCGUGGCCGUCUCGGUGUGCUUCAUGCUUAUCCUGUACCAGUACGUGGGGCCGGGGCUCAGCCUGGGUUCCCCCAGUGGCCGCUCCUACUCGGAGGAGCUGGACCUCUUUCCCACGCCGGACCCGCACUACGUGAAGAAGUACUACUUCCCCGUGCGGGAGCUGGAGCGGGAGCUCGCCUUCGACAUGAAGGGCGAGGACGUGAUCGUCUUCCUGCAUAUCCAGAAGACCGGCGGCACCACCUUCGGCCGGCACCUGGUGCAAAACGUGCGGCUGGAGGUGCCCUGCGACUGCCGUCCCGGGCAGAAGAAGUGCACCUGCUACCGCCCCAACCGCCGGGAGACCUGGCUCUUCUCCCGCUUCUCCACCGGCUGGAGCUGCGGGCUGCACGCCGACUGGACCGAGCUCACCAACUGCGUGCCCGGGGUGCUGGACCGCCGGGAGAGCGCCGCCGCCAAGACGCCCAGAAAAUUCUACUACAUCACACUUCUGAGAGACCCCGUAUCCCGUUACCUCAGCGAAUGGCGUCACGUCCAACGAGGAGCUACUUGGAAGACCUCCUUGCACAUGUGUGAUGGCAGGACACCAACUCCUGAGGAGCUGCCGUCAUGCUACGAAGGCACGGACUGGUCAGGCUGCACACUGCAGGAGUUCAUGGAUUGCCCGUAUAAUCUGGCCAACAACCGCCAAGUGAGGAUGUUGGCUGACUUGAGCUUAGUGGGCUGCUACAACAUGUCUUUCAUCCCAGAGAACAAGCGAGCACAGAUCCUGCUGGAAAGCGCAAAAAAAAACCUCAAAGACAUGGCCUUCUUCGGUCUGACAGAGUUCCAGAGAAAGACUCAGUACCUGUUUGAGAGAACUUUUAAUCUGAAAUUCAUCCGGCCCUUUAUGCAGUACAACAGUACCAGGGCAGGAGGGGUAGAGGUGGAUAAUGACACCAUCCGCAGGAUCGAAGAGCUCAAUGACUUGGACAUGCAGCUCUAUGACUAUGCAAAGGACCUCUUCCAACAGCGCUACCAGUACAAACGGCAGCUAGAGAGAAUGGAGCAGAGGAUAAAGAAUCGGGAAGAGAGGCUUCUUCACCGGUCCAAUGAAGCGCUUCCCAAGGAAGAGACGGAAGAGCAAGGACGCUUGCCCACUGAGGACUACAUGAGCCAUAUUAUAGAGAAAUGGUAGCCUAAGCAGACUUUUAUAUUAAUGAUUCUUCUAGGGUUUCCAUAUAAAAGAUCAUGGAAGUAAAAUUGCAAAAACCAACAAGAACUAUUUUAUUUAAAAGCAAGUCUGUAAAACAGAAGGUAGAUUGCUUCCUUAAGCAGGGGGUCUUUUUACUGUUUCUUACAAGACCAAUGAGAUUCUUAAAAAAAAUAAUAAAGACAUAAAAAAAGGGUCAACAUGAUAUUGCAGAGGUAAACCAUGCACAAAUGGAGUUACCCACUCUUAAGGCCAAUCACGAAAGAAUGUUUCUUAUCCUCACAAUUCAAACACCAGUGGCAAAAGCAGGAUUUUUAAGAUCUGUUUAUGCCUUGAGCAUAAUGACAUAAAGAUACAGAAUUAAAAACCAAGGAAACGGAGGUUUUCUUCUGUGGGUGUUUUUGAAGCUGGGAUGGGAACUGCAUUGUUUGUAAGUAAAUGAUAAUGGUGACUAAGCUGACGGUGUGCUAUCCUGUCGGGCUGUGAUCUGAGCACAAGGGCGGUCACUUUGUUUCAGCUGGCAGCCACUGCCAGAAUGCAAACCACCAUAAAAA